CCAUCCGCCCCAGACACCGGAGCCGACGCCUCCGCCCGCGCCCCUCCCUGGCCGAGCUGCACAGCCGGCGGUUCUAGGAAGACGUCGCUUCCGGGAAGGGCUGGGACACAGAGGACAAAAGAUUAGGUGGCCCGCCCCGCCCUCCUGGCCCGCCCCCCGCGCCCUCCUGGCUCGCCCGCCCUGCCGCCUCUCAGUCCCUGCCGGUCUCCUGUGCGCCCUGGGAGCCUGCCCUACGAGCGCGAUCCGCGCCCACUGGCUCCCUCCAGCCGUCGCCGUCUGGCCGAGCCCCAGCUCCGGAGCUGCUGCUGUCGUUGCCGGGACAUGGUCCUCUGCGUUCAGGGACCUUGUCCUUUGCUGGCUGUGGAGCAGAUUGGGCAGCGGCCCCUGUGGGCCCAGUCCCUGGAGCUGCCUGAGCCAGCUAUGCAGCCUUUGCCUGCUGGGGCCUUUUUGGAGGAAGUAGCAGAGGACACCCCGGCCCAGCCAGAGAGUGAGCCCAAGGUGCUGGACCCUGAGGAAGAUCUGCUGUGCAUAGCCAAGACCUUCUCCUACCUUCGGGAAUCUGGCUGGUAUUGGGGUUCUAUUACUGCCAGCGAGGCCCGGCAACACCUGCAGAAGAUGCCAGAGGGCACAUUCCUAGUACGGGACAGCACCCACCCCAGCUACCUGUUCACACUGUCAGUCAAAACCACCCGCGGCCCCACCAACGUGCGCAUUGAGUACGCCGACUCCAGCUUCCGCCUGGACUCCAACUGCCUGUCCAGGCCACGUAUCCUGGCCUUCCCAGAUGUGGUCAGCCUUGUACAGCACUAUGUGGCCUCCUGUGCUGCUGACACCCGAAGUGACAGCCCUGACCCUGCACCCACCCCAGCCUUGCCUACCCCUAAGGAAGAUGCACCUGGUGACCCAGCGCUGCCUGCCCCUGCAGCCACUGCUGUGCACCUAAAACUGGUGCAGCCUUUUGUGCGCAGAAGCAGCGCCCGCAGCCUGCAGCACCUGUGCCGCCUUGUCAUCAACCGUCUGGUGGCUGACGUGGACUGCCUGCCACUGCCCCGGCGCAUGGCCGACUACCUCCGACAGUACCCUUUUCAGCUCUGACUCGGCCGAGCAUCCACCUAGCCUUACCCAGCCAUCCCCAGGAGAGGACACUGGCCCCAGCUGGACUUGGGCUCCCACUGUCCCUCCUCCAGUCAUCCUGGUGCCUGCAUGCAUCUGGCAGGAAGAGCCAGCAGGAGGCAGGGGGUAAGGGGAAGUGUCACAUGACUUGGAGGUUGCGCCCCCAGCUCCCAUGUGGCUCCAUUGUGGUGAGCCAUGUGUCAGAAGAGAGGGAGACAGGCAGGACCUCGUCUUACCCUGUGGGCUGGGCACAGGCUUGCCGUGGCCUCCUGAACUGUGUAGACUUUCCCGGCCCUGGUUUCUUAGUCCAUGGGGCAGGGCGGGCUCCCUCCUUCCAACCAGCCCGUCUCAGGGAGGUUGGCAGCCAGAGGAACUGAGGUUGACAGUGACAGUCCCCUGGAGCAGGGGAGUAGGCCAGGCUGGGGACUGCACAGUUAUACAGUAUUUAUUUAUUUAUUCUUGUGUUGGUCUUGGGGUGAGCCAACCCCACUUCUCUGCCCCGAGCCCUGAGUGCUCCGGAGACCCCAGCUCUGCCUUCUUCUCUGGUUCCUCCCUGCGGAAAGCCCCAUCCUGAGACGUGUUGCUGGACCCAAGGCAGUCCUGGAAGUCCUGGCGCUGACCCACCCACCUGUAAAUGUGUCCUCCUUCUUCUGCCUGCAGCCCUGUUUUGGGAGGGUGAGUGAUUGGACAAGAAAUUGGAGCCAUAGCGUCAGUUCCCAGCAGAGCCUGCCUUCCACCCCCUUGCAGGGCAGAGCUCCAUCUGCACAGAGCUGGUCUUGCGGGGGCACAGACCCCACGUGAGCGCAUGUGCUGUGUCAGGAAAGGGGGUGCUAGUUCAAGGGCUGCCGCUCCAGCUCUGCUGGGGCUGCUUCCUACCCAGGAAGGCGCCUGCACAUGAGAAAGGGAACGAAAUACAUACCUGAUAUGACUUUAUAAAGUAAUUAUUACAACAAAAAAUAGUUUGGUAGUCUUUUCUUGCACUGAUUUUUCUGUAAUGAAAAUAAAACUGUACUUUUCAUUUAAGGA